GGACCAGGGCAGAACGUGACCCGAGCAUCGCAGGUUUCAAGUGGUUCAUCAGUGGAAGUGAAUCUCUCCAUCUCCAUCUCCAUCUCCAUCUCCAUUAUUGGUGCUUCUGCUUCUCCUCUUUCUCACCCUGCAGAGUCCCAUAUCUUGGCACCUCUUCUGGUCCAUUUGCUGCUUGAGACACUCUCAAGCCACUCCUCUCUUUUUCCUUCUUUUCCUUUUUCCUUUCCUUCUCUUCUCUUCUUUUCUUUGCUGUUCUUUUCCUGUUGCCUGCAUUUCAUUCUCCACUUCCUCCACUAGCCCGGUCCGGCGCUCGACCUUACUGUCGACCGUUCCUCUCGCGCCAUUCCUACAAAACUUCUAAACUCAAACCCACCCAUAUUAAACAUGGCCUAGUCCCACCCACGUCUCCCAUUUUUCAAUCUUUUUGUUUUGUUGUUUUUUUUUCUCUCUUUGUUCCCUCUCGCUUCUCACCCCAAUGGUGAUGGCGACACCCCCGGCUUAUAGAUCACUGGCCCUCCGGCCUGUUGUUUUCGGUCUGGCUAAACUGCUGGUGCUGGCGUUCCUCCAGCUGCCUCUUAUCUCGGCCGCUCCCACCUCUUAUGUCAUCUCCGCGGAAGCGGAACCGAAACCACCCAACGAUCCCGGGUUAUGGCUGUAUCUGAGUGUCGCUGCAGCCCUCGUGCUGAGCGGUGGUGCGUUUGCGGGGUUGACAAUCGCUCUGAUGGGCCAGGAUGAGGUCUAUCUACAAGUAAUCCAAAGCUCUGGCGAGCCCCACGAACGGAAAAACGCAGCGAGUGUGUUGAACUUGCUGAAUAAAGGGAAACACUGGGUUUUGGUGACGCUGUUGUUGAGCAAUGUCAUCACCAACGAGACGCUUCCCAUCGUCUUGGACCGGUCGCUCGGAGGCGGAUGGCCCGCCGUCCUGGGCAGUACGGUCUUGAUUGUGAUCUUCGGUGAGGUCGUGCCUCAAUCGAUCUGUGUCCGCUACGGCCUUCCCAUCGGGGCCUGGAUGGCCCCGUGCGUCUUGACCCUCAUGUACAUCAUGUCCCCGGUCGCCUGGCCCAUCGCCAAGCUGCUCGAUCGGCUCCUCGGCGAGGACCAUGGCACAAUCUACAAGAAGGCUGGCUUGAAAACGCUCGUGACCCUCCACAAGACCCUGGGAGAAGCCGGGGAACAGCUCAAUUCCGACGAGGUCACCAUCAUCAGCGCCGUCUUGGACCUCAAGGACAAGGCGGUGGGCAGCAUCAUGACUCCCAUGGAGGAUGUCUUUACCAUGUCCGCCGAGACCGUUCUCGAUGAACCCACCAUGGACCUGAUCCUGUCGCAAGGGUACUCCCGCAUCCCCAUCCAUGCGCCCGACAACGACAGGAACUUCGUCGGCAUGCUCCUCGUCAAGAUGUUGAUCACCUAUGACCCGGAGGACGGCAAGCGCGUCCGUGACUUUGCCCUGGCGACCCUGCCCGAGACGCGCCCGGAGACCAGCUGCCUCGACAUCGUCAACUUCUUCCAGGAGGGCAAGUCGCACAUGGUCCUGGCCUCGGAGUACCCGGGCGAGGACCGGGGCGCGCUGGGUGUGGUGACGCUGGAGGAUGUGAUCGAAGAGCUGAUUGGCGAGGAGAUCAUCGACGAGUCGGAUGUCUUCAUCGACGUCCACAAGGCCAUUCGACGCAUGACGCCGGCCCCCAAGUCCCGCGUGCCCAAGGGGAAGAUUGUUGAAGAGCCUCCCAUGCUGCCGCCGACGCAAGAGAACGGCACCGUAGAUCCGGAGCAUGAGAUCCACGUCCCAAACGGGCGGUCCAGCGGCCGCCGCCGCAGCUCCGUGGAAGCGCCGCUGCAGCGAUUCCAACUCCGCCGACAGGGAACCUCCGACGCGGCCGACAACAUGGUGACCCAACGCGGGGCCACCGAUCAGAUCCUCGAACACCUCAAACACUUGGGCCCGUCCAACCUGGCUAGCCGGCCGCGGCACACGCGAUACCAGAACGUGAAGAUCAAGCGUACCAGCGUCUCCCCCAGCCACUCCGGCCGGACGGACCUCGAAUCCGGCCCUAGUACCACAGACUUGUCCCGCCGUGAGAUGCCUCCGCCCGCAUUGGCCGGUGGGAUCGGAGCGGGCCUCCUGGCGUCUGCCGGACUAGAUGCCCGCGAUGGCGCCCACGCCGUCCAGCUGGGCUACGAUACCAUGUCCAACACCCGAUCCUCCGAGAGCAGCACCCCCGCCGGGCGGACGGGGAACCAAGUCUCCAUCCCGGAGCCUGUCAGCGAGGAGCAAGACGACCAUGGGCCGGCCGGCGGCAGCGCCGCCGUCAGCGACCGGUCCUCGGAGCCGCACUCACCCGACGGGGACUACCCCCGCGGCAAAGACUACCUGCACCGCGGCCCGGCCCGCAGCGGGAGCAUCACGGAGCAGGUGUUUGACGUGAACGGCAUCCGGAAGGUCGUCCUCCACACCACCAGCACCAGCUCAUCCGACGUGGAACCGCCCGGCACGCCACGGAAGACCGGUACUUCCCCAGUGCAGGCGGCCGGCCCGCUGAUCGACAUGGGCGACGAGAACGCGCACCCCGACAGCGGGUCGAACAAGGCGAAGAAGCGGCGUCGUCGCCGCAAGCGUGGCACCGGCAAGUCCGACGAGCCCGCCGACGAGACGUCGCCUCUUCUGGAGCGAUGAGACGGUCGUUUCUCCGGACGAACGAUAGCCACGGUGAUUUGUUCUGCGGGACAAACCUCCUGGAUGAGGGUAUACAUUCCUCAUACUUCAUGAUUUCUCUCUCAUGUUCAUUUAUGCGUUACAAGAUCGUUGAGCGGCUUCUUUCCAGUAUUUUUUACAUUGACCGCCGCACAUGUGUAUUUAAAAUAGCCAAUGAGUGUUUAUGCCCUACUUGUG